AGUAAACAUGUAUGGGAAUUAUUCUCACUUCAUGAAGUUUCCCACAGGCUUUGGCGGCUCGCCCAGCCACUCCGGCUCCACGUCCAUGAGCCCGUCGGCAGCCUUGUCCACAGGGAAGCCAAUGGACAGCCACCCCAACUACACGGACACCCCAGUGAGUGCCCCACGGACUCUGAGCGCAGUGGGGACCCCCCUCAAUGCCCUGGGCUCUCCAUAUCGAGUCAUCACCUCUGCCAUGGGCCCACCCUCAGGAGCACUGGCAGCGCCUGCAGGAAUCAAUCUGGUUGCCCCACCCAGCUCUCAGCUAAAUGUGGCCAACAGCGUCAGCAUUUCAGAGGACAUCAAGCCCUUACCCGGGCUUCCUGGGAUUGGAAACAUGAACUACCCGUCGACCAGCCCCGGGUCUCUGGUUAAACACAUCUGUGCCAUCUGCGGAGACAGAUCCUCAGGAAAGCACUAUGGUGUGUACAGUUGUGAAGGCUGCAAAGGGUUCUUCAAGAGAACCAUCCGGAAAGACCUCAUGUACACCUGCCGGGAUAAUAAAGACUGCCUCAUUGACAAGCGCCAGCGGAAUCGCUGUCAGUACUGCCGCUACCAGAAGUGCCUGGUGAUGGGCAUGAAGAGGGAAGCUGUGCAAGAAGAAAGGCAGAGGAGCCGGGAGCGGGCCGAGAGUGAGGCGGAAUGUGCCAGCAGUGGCCAUGAAGAUAUGCCUGUGGAGAGGAUUCUAGAAGCCGAGCUUGCUGUUGAACCAAAGACGGAGUCCUAUGGUGACAUGAAUAUGGAGAACUCGACAAACGACCCUGUCACAAACAUCUGCCAUGCCGCUGACAAGCAGCUCUUCACGCUUGUUGAAUGGGCCAAGCGCAUCCCCCACUUCUCUGACCUCACCUUGGAGGAUCAGGUCAUUCUGCUCCGGGCAGGGUGGAAUGAACUGCUAAUUGCCUCCUUCUCCCACCGCUCGGUCUCCGUGCAGGACGGCAUUCUCCUGGCCACGGGCUUACACGUGCACCGGAGCAGCGCCCACAGCGCGGGGGUUGGCUCUAUCUUUGACAGAGUCCUGACUGAGCUGGUGUCCAAAAUGAAAGACAUGCAGAUGGACAAGUCAGAGCUGGGGUGCCUGCGAGCCAUCGUGCUGUUCAACCCAGAUGCCAAGGGCCUGUCCAACCCCUCGGAGGUAGAGACCCUGCGAGAGAAGGUUUAUGCCACCCUCGAGGCCUACACAAAGCAGAAGUAUCCGGAGCAACCUGGCAGGUUCGCCAAGCUGCUGCUGCGCCUCCCAGCCCUGCGCUCCAUCGGCCUCAAGUGCUUGGAGCACCUGUUCUUCUUCAAGCUCAUCGGGGACACGCCCAUCGACACCUUCCUCAUGGAGAUGCUGGAGACCCCGCUGCAGAUCACCUGA